CUCGCUCGCUCGCUCGCUCUUUCCCCUCAGUCUUUGUCUCUCUCUUUCUCGCCUCUCGUUGCCCGUCGGUAAAGGGACACGCGCGCCUUCUCUCUAUACCCACCGAAACGCCGAAGGAGCCUGACAGUAGUGCGCGCCUCGGCACCGUUCUCUCCGUUCACAGUUUCGCCCAAUUUUCCAGUCUACCGUUGUCGACACGAUCGCCGUCGUGGCAUCGUCGCGCGUCAUAAAGUUGUAAAAACGUGUUGGCGCGUACGAAACAAACGUCGCUUCGUUUUUUGUUUCCCUUUUGAAAACGCGCCCGCUGGCAGCAACGUGCCAUCGCGUCUCGCGUGAUCUCGGGACGGGAGUGCGCGACGUGUGAACAGAGGAGCCAACAGCAGCAUCAUCGUCGUCGCGCUCGCAACGACGAUUCGAUAUACACCCUGGAGCGCGAUCGUAGAUCGUCAUCGCGUCCUCGUCGACGACGUUGUUACCGCCGCACGCUUGUGUUGAUACGUCACGUAUGCUGUGUCCCGUAAAGGCGGCCUCCCCGGCGGUCUCUACCUAUCUAUCUACCUACCUACCUAUCUACCUACCUACCUACCUACCUACCUACCUACCUAUCUACCUAUCUACCUAUCUACCUACCUACCUCUACCUACCUACCUACCUACCUACUCCGUGUACCGACAAUAGGGUGACUGAGGAGGGGAGAGCGGGCCCUUCGGGAAGGCAACGAGUCGAGAAGACGACUAGUUGUACGCAGAUACGCCAACUGUCAAGUCGUGUAGUCUCGGGCUCCGAUUUUUCGUCAUCAUCGUGCGCGCAUCCAUCUCUCUCAUUUAUUCGUCAACUCGCUCUCGUUUGUGUUGUGCCGGUACAAUAAUUAAUUGAAUCUGUAUGUGUGUAUUCCCGCGCGCGAUACGUCAGUUGUAUACAAUCGCGAUCGAACAUAACGCGUCACAUUGUUGACAAUCGUCGAGAAAUUGUACAGAUUGUCGUUUUGCUGUCAUCGUUUUCGCGUGUGCUCGUUUAUCGAGGUGUACGCCGGUGUAAUCACGAUUCUCUCCUUCGUGGUGCGUAAACGGGACGUAUUACUGUAAAACACGAUCUCAUCUACAUUGUGCACGGCGAUAACAUUGGAUUACAGUGCGAAUCGAGAGGAGACGGCACCUUGGUGUGUUGUUCAUUGCUUCGUUCCGACAGUGUGUCGAAUGUUCUUCGCGCGCGAGCAUCGACAAUUAUAUUACGAUCAUGUCUCGGACGUAGUCCCGUCAAGUUUUAGCGACCAGAUUCCUAUUAGACGCGUACGUUUGGUGGUGUACGAUGUUUUUCCUCGAUAAAUCUGUGUAAUUCGUGAAAGAAAGAAAUAGAGAGAGAGAGAGAGAGAGGGUGACUCUAGUGAUCGAUAAAUAUUUUUCGUGCCACGGGCAACCGAGUCCGAGAGUGUGUGUUUUUUCUUCGCGUGCACGCGGGGUAGCUGCUCCCAUUUUAUCGCGAUUGUGCCGAUUUGUUGUCAUCGACAUCGUCGUCAUCAUCGUCAUUGAUGGCGACGUUAAAGGGUGCAUCAGGUCGCGCUUUGAGAACGUUAAACGAUUGACGCGCUGUUACCAGUUUUCUCGCUCGUGCGAUCGAGACAUAUCGCGAACGUGACGAACCAACAGGGAAUAGGAAUAGGAAUACGUCAAAGUAAUUUAUUAAUACUCCGGAAAUUGGCACUCGCAAUCGUACAUUGCAGUGUCCAGCUAGAAAUUCGGCAAAGAUUCGGCAAAGAAAAUUUGAAAUAAAGAACGAACGGCGGCAUCCGAGAAGAAGGUUCGAUAGCUGAUUUAUAUAUGUGCCGAUACACGUGCACGUCCAUCCGGCGUGCGCUGCUUCUCGCGCAAGGGUGAUAUGUUAUUGGAGAUGGAGCAGCAUCCGGGCCUGAUAUCCCUAAACAUGUCGCCGUUCCACCUGAGUCCGCAGGGCAGUCCGCAGGCUGCCGGACAGCAGCCUCCGCAGCAACAACCGCAGCCGCACUAUGGCUCGUCGCCUUACGGUAAUUGCGCGCAGAGUUCGCCGUCGCCCAUGUGCCAUCAGCAGCCGCAGACUCAGUCGCAACAGCAACAAAUGUCCGCGCAUGGUCAGGCGGCGCAAUCGCAGGGCGGCGGCAUGUCAAACUUCGAAUCCAAUUUCUACGAGGUUGCCGAUGAUAACCGAUGCCCCAUGUGCGGUCAUAAAAAUAUGUCCAAUUAUCAGUACGGCCUGUUUACGUGCGAUAACUGUAAAGGUUUCUUCAAGCGCAACAGUUCGCCGUGUAGCAGCAAAAAGGUCUACGCGUGUCUUUUCUCUCCUACGGGGGGUGGUAGUAGUGGCGGCGGCGGCGGCGGCGGUGGCGGCGGAGGCGGCAGCGGUAACGGCAGCUGCGGCGCGUCCUCGCCGUUCGAGAUUUGCGCCAACAAGAAGGUGUACACGUGUCUGUUCCCGCCAACAGGAGCCGGAAGCGGCAACGGCGCCUGCGGCGGUACGUCCACCGGUCUGGAAGGUAACGGAGGUGGAGGUGGAGGUUACACUGGCAGCAGCGGCAACGGCAGCGGUGCGGCCACUGCCGCCGGUGGUCCAGGCGCGGCUAACGUCGCGAUCAGCGGAGCAGGCGGUGGCGGAGGCAGCGGAAGCGGUAGCGGACCCGGCGUCGCCGCCGCGGGAAGCGGCAACGUCGCCGCCGGUGCGGUUCCUACCGGCGGUACCCUAUGCCAUCCUGGACUAGGCCAGGUCGGCGUCGUAACGGGCUCGAUACCGUGCCCGUCCGAGUUUCCCGAUACCAAGGACAUCAUCAUCGAAGAGUUGUGCCCGGUAUGCGGCGAUAAGGUGUCGGGCUAUCAUUACGGUUUACUCACGUGCGAGUCCUGCAAGGGUUUCUUCAAACGCACCGUCCAAAACAAGAAGGUAUACACCUGCGUCGCUGAGAGAUCCUGCCACAUUGACAAGACGCAGCGGAAACGAUGUCCCUUCUGCCGUUUUCAAAAGUGCCUCGAGGUCGGCAUGAAGCUCGAGGCUGUGCGAGCGGACAGGAUGCGAGGAGGUAGGAAUAAAUUUGGACCCAUGUACAAGAGAGAUAGAGCGCGCAAAUUGCAACUUAUACGUCAACGACAAAUGGCCAUUCAAUCGAUACGCGGCAGUCUUGGCGACCCAUCCAGCUAUCCGCCCGCGGUGACGCCGUUGCUGCACAUCAAGCAGGAGAUCCAAAUACCUCAGGUCUCGAGUCUGACCUCGUCACCGGACUCGAGCCCGUCCCCCGCGACCGUGGCCGCCGGCCUGGUCACGACGCAGGCCGGCGGUGCCGGUCAGCACCAGCUGAUCGCGCCGUCCAGCCAACCCAACAUCGGCACCAGCAGCGGCGGCGGUGGCGGUGAUGGCGGCAGCAAUCACCUGCACAAUCUCAACCCUGGUCUAGAUAGCAAACCCUGGACCGCCAACUCCACCUCAUCCGGGACGAAGGUCUUCAACUUUGGCGAACAGUCCGCGCAGCCCCACGGUGGCGGGGUGGCGGGCUACGCGCCUAAUCCCGCCGCCGCCGCCGCUCUGAAAACGGUUAGUCCGAUGAUAAGGGACUUCCUGUCAUCGAUCGAUGACCGCGAGUGGCAGACGUCUCUCUUUGGACUCUUACAAAACCAAACGUACAAUCAGUGUGAAGUGGACUUGUUCGAAUUAAUGUGCAAAGUGCUCGAUCAGAAUCUGUUCUCGCAAGUGGAUUGGGCUAGAAAUUCGACGUUCUUCAAGGAUCUCAAGGUUGACGAUCAAAUGAAGUUAUUACAACACUCUUGGUCGGAUAUGUUGGUGCUAGACCAUCUUCAUCAAAGGUUACACAACAAUCUACCCGACGAGAUGACACUUCAUAAUGGCCAAAAGUUUGAUCUCCUUUGCCUCGGCCUACUCGGAGUUCCUGCCUUGGCCGAUCUCUUCAAAGAUCUAUCCAAAAAACUUCAGGAACUAAAAUUCGACACCUCCGAUUACAUAUGCAUGAAAUUUCUAAUGCUGCUGAAUCAUGAUGUCCGUGGACUAGUAAACAAAAAGCAUGUGCAAGAGGGUCACGAGCAGGUUCAACAAACGCUUAUGGAGUAUACGCUAGCUUGUUACCCAUCUUUACCGGAUAAGUUUAACAAGCUACUAGCAGUAUUACCGGACAUCCACGAAGUGGCAACUAGGGGAGAAGAGCAUCUUUAUCAGAAGCAUUGCAAUGGAAGCGCGCCGACGCAAACGCUUCUCAUGGAGAUGCUUCACGCCAAGAGAAAAUGAAACGAUCGGGUUCUCUUGGUAAUUUUUGCCAUCGAAUAUAAUUCAUUGAGAUAUAUAUAUAUAUAUAUAUACAUACAUAUAUAUAUAUAUAUAUAUAUAUAUAUAUAUAUAUAUAUAUAUAUAUAUAUCGAAAGUCCUGUUAGUGCCCCUAAUCGUGAGACAGAGUGGACCUCAAAGUACCUAUUAAGAGCUAAAAUGCUAAGGUAUCGGACCAAGUUAAGGGGCCCUGGUUCAAGAUAUACCUAUGCAUACAAAUCAAGUAUAGACGUAUACAUACUUUACUUAUAUAUAUACACAUAGUAUAUGUAUUAUAAAGUGUAUUUAAAUAUAUAAACACAAUGACAUAUAUUUUCUAUAUUUGAUGUUGAAGUUUUAGAGAUGUAUCCGUAAAGAAUACCCCUGUUGGCGGGUACAAGAGCAGGGAAACAGUAAGCAAGAUGCCUUGAAAACAGUACAAAGGGUGGUUAAACAAAAAAAAUAUUGGUCAAAGGGCAGGCAACUUUUGUCUAAAUAAGUAAAGCUAUUUUUCUAAUACUUAGAAGCGAAUUUAUUUUUAAGCAUACCACACACACCACUGAAGCCUUGCUCUCACUCAAACGAAAUAUAUAUCGUACUACUGCUAAAGAGAAUCGAAAUCUCUCUCUUUCUCUCUCCAGAUCAAUCGUGCUUUUGCAAGGGAUUCAAUGGGCAUACUUGAAUGACAAUGAACUUGUAUGUGAUAUACAAAUGUGUUUAUCGCACGGCCACCUGGGCAUCCUUAGAAUUUCCUAUAAAAAAAAAAUCUGCAUUUUGUCACACUUGCACACAGCAGGGCUAUAUUGUAAAUACUAGUUAACACAUUCCAAUUAUGUUGUAAAGUACGGAUCAUGUUAAAUAUGUAAUUAUAAUAUUUUGUGUAUAGUUGAAUAAUGAAAUGAAAUAAAUAUAUUUCUGUUGCUUACUCUUGAGGAAAAAUCAUUAGCUACUUAAUGUCUUCACUAAUUUUAGAAUCUUAUUCAUGUAUCUUCUUUAUUACUUUUCAAAUAGGUGGCGGAAAGAAAUAACUACAAAUUGCGAUAUUUUACUACUGUAUGUUGUACAUAAUAAAGAUUCUGUUUUAAGAAAUAAAAGAAUCAUUGGAGCAAG